AUGAUUUGGGGGAAAAUUGGAAACGGUUGGGAGACUCGGUUUUGGAUUGAUCCUUGGUUGUGUCCAGAAGUUUUGAAAGAUAAAUUUCCUAGGCUUUUUUUGCUAGAAGUAAAGAAAAGGUGCAUGGUAGCGGAACGACUUACACAAGAUAGAGGAGGAUGUACGGUUCAUUGGCAGUGGAAGCAAAUGCCUUAUGAGGUGAAUGAUAUAGAUCAAAGGGUGGAGUUGGAAGCUAUGUUGCAGCAGUGUGCUUUGACGACAAGAAGAGAUUCAUGGGAGUGGAAAGAUAAAAAGAAUGGAGUUUUUACGGUUGCAGGAGCUAAAAAAUGGCUGACGGGUCAGAAUAGUAACAGAUAUCCUUUUGGGUUCAAGUGGUGUAAAUGGGUGCCGGCGAAAUGUAAGAUAUUUAUGUGGCGGGCGUUUCUGGAUCGCAUCCCUACGAAAACAGCGUUGAGGCGAAGGAACAUGCAAGUUCAAGAUGAGGAGUGCGUUAUGUGUGGAGAAGGUUUGGAUUCGACGGAUCACAUUCUCACAGAAUGUGGCAUUGCUUCGGGUGUUUGGAAUGGUAUUUCUAUGUGGUGCCGCAUUCCGCAGGUGUUUGCUUUUUCUACUAGCGAUUUGGUUCAUAUAUUUGAUCAAUAUACUCAGCCGGAGAUCAAGAAGAAAGCGUUACAAGGAGUAAUUAUUAUAACGUGUUGGAGGCUUUGGAAAGCUAGGAACGAGGUGAUUUUCUCCAAUAAAGUUCCAAAAGUAGUCGAUAUAGUGUCGGAUGUUAAGGCUUUAGGGUUUUUGUGGUAUAGUACUAGGGCGAGACGGGAUUCGGUGGAUUGGGAGAAAUGGUGUAAGUUUGAUUUGAUGUAA